GCGCUCCUCUUCGUGACAGGCGGAGGGAAGAGCCGGAGGAAGCUCCGCCGCCGCUGGGUUGCCGGCUUGCUUGGAGCUGCUUCCGUUCAGGUGUCCGGACUGCUCCCCUCACGCCCUUCCUCGCCCGCACGGCUGUUGAGCGGCUGCCUCUGCCCUCCCUUCUCUCUCUCUCGCUCUCUUUCUCAGCCUCUCCCCCUCCUCUCCCCUCCCCCUUCGCCCUCCCUCCCUUCCUUCGCCAUGUCCACCCGCUCGUGCCGGGAGAAGGCGCAGAAGCAGAACGAGCAGCACCAGGCCAUCCUGGCCAAGCUCCUGCGGGAAGAGGACAACAAGUACUGCGCCGACUGCGAGGCCAAGGGUCCACGAUGGGCUUCCUGGAACACGGGUGUCUUUAUUUGUAUCAGAUGUGCUGGUAUACAUCGAAAUUUGGGUGUUCAUAUAUCCAGGGUCAAAUCUGUCAAUUUGGACCAAUGGACACCAGAACAAAUACAGUGCAUGCAGGAGAUGGGAAAUACCAAGGCAAGAUUACUUUAUGAAGCUAAUCUACCAGAGAACUUUCGAAGACCUCAAACAGAUCAAGCUGUGGAAUUUUUUAUCAGGGAUAAAUAUGAGAAGAAGAAAUACUAUGACAAAAAUGCGGUCAGUGUCAGCAACAUGCCUUCCUCUGAAACUGCUCAGCCUUUGGCAUCCUCUCCUUCUCUGCAAGCUGCUUCUGAGAAAGUUAAGAUGGAGAAGGAAAAAGAAAAAAAGAAAGAAGAGAAAAAGAAAGACAGAGACCCAGAAAAACCUUUGAAAUGUUUAGGAGUUGAAAAAGCUGAGAAGAAGGAGGAUCAGCAACUGGAACUUAAAGCAAGUCCCAAGAAAGUUCCAGACUCAACUGUUGAUCUUUUAGGACUUGAUGGCCCUGCUGAUUCUGCUGUUACAAAUGGAAGCAUCACCACUCCUGUUACAGCUCUGAAUGAUGACCUGGAUAUAUUUGGCCCAAUGAUCUCUAAUCCCUUGCCGGCCUCUUCUGUACCUCCUUCCCAGAGUGCUUCCACUAACCCUGCGGUUGCCACAAUAUCUGCUGCAUCUGGGGACCUUGACCUGUUCACUGAACAAACAAAAUCAGAAGAAUCAGCAAAGAAACUUCUCUCCAAAGACUCCAUCUUGUCACUGUAUGGCACAGGGGCCAUGCCACAGCAAAAUGCCCCAGGUGUCUUCAUGGGACCACAGUCUAUGCCCUUCACUGCACCUCCAUCAACUCAUUUUCAAGGCUUUCCAGCCAUGGGAGUGCCUGUGCCUGCAGCCCCUGGAAUGAUGGGGAACAUGAUGGGACAGUCAGUGCCUGUCAUGGGGCAAAACACAGGCAUGUUGGUGGGCAUGGGAAUGCCCAAUGGCUUUUCUGUGCCUGCACAGACUGCUGGUUUGGGACUUCCUCAGAAUGUUGUUGGCCCCCAAGGAACAAUGGUGGGACAGAUAGCCUCACCGCAGAAUAAAUAUGGUAUGCAGCACAAUCAACAAGCUCAGUGGAACCUCUCUCAGAUGAAUCAACAAAUGGCUGGAAUGAAUCUGAGUAGUCCAAGCAAUAUGAUGAGCUUUGGCCAGCCCCCAAAUACAGCAGCAGGAUGGACAGGAAGCUCCUCAGGCCAGACUCUCAGCACACAGCUCUGGAAAUGAAAAAUGGCAAUAGAAACUCCACCCAGAUCAGAGAUCUGACAUUCCAUGCUCCAAUGUUAUCUAGUUCCCUGGUCUGUCCCUGUACAUAUUUUCUCCCUCUCCAACUUCACAGAAUUGUUCAUAUUAAGUAACAUUAACUGACCGUGUUGUGGUCUGUAUUGACUUAAAUCUUGAUGUAGUGAAAAGCAGGUUGAGAACACCUCUCAUCGGCAGCUUUUUCAUUCCACAGCGCUUCUGAUGUCAUGAAUCAUUAUCAGGAGAACUAUGUGACCAAGGACAUACUCAAAUUGUUUUACCAGUUAUAGAUCAAAUGGUUGCAUAUAAGGGAAACAGAUAUCAUGUUAGUACUAUCUCUUAAAGUGUAAACCCCAUCCAGAAAAUUACCUAGUAUUCCUGUAGAAGGUACUGUAUGAACAAAUGUUAAUCAUAUAAAUAAGAGUGUACAUGUAUCACGUUAUCACUGAAGAUUUUUUUUUCUUGUAUAACAAUGAUUUUUGUUUCAUUAUUCAUUUCACUGUGAUAUUACUAUGAUGUGCUGAACAGGAAGUAUGGUCGUGAAAGGAAGACAAGCCUGGAUGUCAAGGGAGCCCCAUCAGUUUAUAAAAACCAAGCCAGAAAACUGAUCUCUGAAUUUCCAUUGUUUUAAAAUGAUGGUGGUGAAAAGGACUCCUCUAAAAGAAUCCUUCCCAGCAUAUAUGCAGGGUAACUCUCUGAAAGGUAGACUGUCAUCACAGCUGUAUCCAGGUUUAUGCCAUUGAUUGUGUUUACAUUUUAUGGUGCCUCGUUUUGAUAAGCUGUUGCUUCCCUAUAUUAAAGAGAGAGAAAAACCCAGCACAUUGUAAGUGGUAUUAUUGUCUACUACACUUCAAAACAAAGCUUUAAAUCAGGGCAAAUAAACAUCUAUAAAUAAUCUGGGGAAUAAAUGAACAAUGAACUGAAAUGUACAUUGCUUGAGAUCAAUCUCCCACCCCGGAUCUUCCAUUGCAUUUAACUGGUUUCACCAACAUAAUCUGAAUAUUUUACUUAAAGCGCUAAAAUGGAUUGAAGAAACACAUGCAAAACAAGUAAAGACAAAUUACAUACAUCUUAAACCAGCUGACAUAUUUUUUGCACAGAAGUCUUUCUUUAGAUUAGCAAAGGAUGUUGUUGCACAACAGCAGGCUGUAUGGUGGCUGAAUGUUAACUGAGUUCAGUAGGUAUAACACAAUUGCCUCCAUCAGUUUUGGUACGUCCCAUUUUAUUCAUACACAUCAUACCUCCAUUUUGACUGUGUCCAGGUGAUACUUUGGCUCAUUAGCUAAAUUUACCUUUUCAGUUCGUGUGUGCCAUACAAGAACCUGAAAAAAUAUUUGAAAAAAAAAUAGUUAAUUUUAUGUUACCCCUCAAAAGACAGGUUUCUUCUACAUUAUUAGUGAAAUUAAUACCUUUGUGCAGUUGUUUGCUUUUGGCUCCAGUUCUUCUACUGUGGUUAUGAGUUUCAGAAAAUCAGAUUCUUGCAUUCCGGGCUGUGAUCCACGACGUUUGAAUACAGCUUUAGGGUUGGACAAGAUUAUCUGAAGGCUCACAGCAAACCCUGUGAAAAUCAGAUUUGUUACAUAAUGAAACUAAAGUUUUACACAUUUGACUUAGCAGUUGAUAUUUUUUGUAUCCAAUUGCAUUUGCAAAACAAGUUUAGAGUGUCAUACAGUACUGUCAUGGGUUAGCUUCACAAGUUGAACAGCUUAGUUUUUAAGCUACGAGCCAUUUUUGUCUUUUUCUGAAAAGCUAUUGUCUAUGCUCCUCCUCAUCUCUGUUGAGUGCUCCUUAUGCAUUUUGAUAGAAUGUAAACAUUGGCGUUUAAUGUAAGCAGUUGGAAUGUAUGUAUAAUGAACAGUCUGCCUGUUGGGGAAAGGGGUGAGAUUCAAAGGAACAGACCGUUUUUCCUUUCCAAGAUAUCACCUUUGUAAUUAAUUGGAAAUUGAAGUCUGAAGUGAAUGUAAUUGUUAACUAGAGGGUUAAAUAAACUUGACUUAAUGAA